CAUUCAAGUGCCCAUCCUCCAGCAGAUGCUCAGUCCGUCACUCUCGGACUUCCCUUGCAUGGCCGUUGCAGAAUUCGAGUUUGUUUCUGUACUAGGGUUAUUACACUGAGUCGUCAUCGCAGGCACUUCACCCAAUUCUUCUGUAUUUCCAUCUAUCUAGGUAAGGAUAUUCAAAAUCCAGUUGAGGACAAUCUCACCCGUCGCUGCCGCCUGGUCAACCACGAGUUGCUUUGCAAUCACUGGACGCUACCAACCUCGCAAUCUGCAUAUAGAGUCAUUGGCUUGGAUUGCAGCUCCCAUAAAGGCAUUCUAUUGGGUAUUAUUGAGAUUCAAUUUACAGAAAUGGAGAGGUUGAUAUCGGCUAGAGUGACCCCUAGGGUUUCAUUUCAGGCCGUUCCGUCGCUCAAUAACCGACUUUGUCGUCCAUUCCAGAGGUCAAGUCCUGCAACUGUAAUGGACGUGGGCAGAGGGCGUAACCUCUCUUUUCGCCCGAUCAGAGCUCAACAGCCUGAGACCAAGGAUGGGGCCGCGACCAUAUCCACCAAGAGGGAAGAUCCAGCUGAUGUUCUCAAAGUAAAGGAGUGGGAAGUGGGGAUGUUACAAGACGAAGUUGCUGCUAGCCAAGGCAUAAGAAUAAGGAGAAGACCCCCAACAGGACCUCCACUUCACUAUGUGGGACCCUUCGAGUUUCGCUUGCAGAAUGAGGACAACACCCCUCGUAACAUACUUGAGGAGAUCAUAUGGCACAAGGACAAGGAAGUCUCUCAGUUCAAAGAACAAUGGCCUCUUUAUGCGUUGAAGAAAGCUCUUGAUGAUGCUCCUCCCGCAAGAGAUUUCGUUGGAGCUCUCAAGGCAGCCCAUCAACGAACUGGAUUACCUGGUUUGAUUGCUGAAGUGAAGAAGGCCUCUCCUAGUAGAGGGAUCCUGAAAGAGAAUUUUGAUCCAGUUGAAAUUGCAAAAGGCUAUGAAAAAGGUGGAGCAGCAUGCCUCAGCGUUUUGACAGACAAAAAGUUCUUUCAGGGAGGCUUUGAGAAUUUGGAGGCAAUAAAGGGUGCUGGAGUUAAGUGUCCUCUGCUUUGCAAAGAGUUCAUAGUAGAUGUGUGGCAGAUAUAUUAUGCUCGAACUAAAGGUGCAGAUGCAGUUCUUUUAAUUGCUGCUGUUUUACCUGAUCUCGACCUCAUAUACCUGACUAAGAUCUGCAAGAUGCUUGGAAUGGCUGCACUUGUGGAGGUGCAUGAUGAGAGGGAAAUGGAUCGAGUUCUUGGAAUAGAGGGUAUUGAGCUUAUAGGCAUCAACAACCGCAGCCUUGAAACAUUUAAGGUUGAUAUUGGCAACACGAAGAAGCUACUUGAAGGAGAAUGUGGUCAGAGGAUUCGUGAAAAGGACAUAAUUGUGGUUGGGGAAUCUGGAUUAUUCACUCCUGAUGACAUUAAUUAUGUACAAGAAGCCGGUGUAAAAGCGGUUUUGGUUGGGGAGUCAAUUGUGAAACAAGAUGAUCCUGCAAAGGGUAUAACUGGACUCUUUGGUAGAGACAUUUCCUUGUGAGCUCAACUUAGGAAAUUUCUUGUAAUUUACUGCCCCAUUUAUGGCUCCCUGCUCCACCCCUUUUGUCCCUGUUCUUGUUGCCUUUCCUUUUGAGUAGCAUAUCUCCAAAUAUGUAAUUGAAUAAUUGUUCUUUGUGAAACAAGAGUCAAUAAAUGGAGACUGUGAUCCUAUAGCAACUAAAUUUGGUUCAUAAAA